GCCUAGAAUGGAUUCCAAAGCAGUAGCUACUAAGCCUCAUGCUGUUUGCUUUCCGGCUCCAACUCAAAGCCAUAUCAAGGCAAUGCUUAAGUUUGCAAAGCUCCUCCACCAUAGAGGUUUUUAUAUUACCUUUGUCAACUCGGAGUUCAACGACAAGCGAUUUCUUAAAUCCUUAGGCCCCAAUUCCCUUGAUGGCUUACCUAACUUUCGGUUUGUAGCCAUCCCAGAUGGCCUUCCAGAUUCAGAUGAAGAUACCACCCAAGAUGUCACUUUUCUUGUUGACGCCAUAAGAAAACAAAAUUUCUUGGGUCCGUUUCGUGACCUCCUCAAUAAGCUCAACAAUGAUGCCAUAACAACUUCCAACAAUCCUCCAGUGACUUGCAUAGUUUCGGAUGGUUUCAUGUGCACCUUCACAAUCACAGCUGCUGAGGAGAUUGGAACCCCUAUAGUACUGUUCUACACUAUUGCGGCAUGCAGUUUCAUGGGAAUUAUACAAUUUCGUGCUUUGAUCGAAAAAGGCCUGGCACCACUCAAAGAUGAGAGCUAUUUGACAAACGGCUAUUUGGACAAGGUCAUAGAUUGGAUUCCGGGAAUGAAGAACAUUUGUUUGAAGGAUCUGCCAGCCUUCUUUCGAACCACAAAUUCCGAUGACAUUAUAUUUAACUUCGUGAUGGAAUCAACAGACAGAUCCCAUGAAGCUUCAGCAGUUGUUGUUCAUACUUUUGAUGCCUUGGAGCGAGAUGUUUUGGAUGCUCUCUCAUCUAUGCUUCCACUUGUUUAUACCAUUGGCCCUCUUCAAUUACAUCUCAAUCAAAUACCAGAACACCCCUUGAAUAUUGGAUACAGCCUAUGGAAAGAAGAAACUGUAUGCCUCGAGUGGCUAAACACCAAGGCUCAAAAUUCAGUUGUGUACGUGAAUUUUGGCAGUAUAACGGUCAUGACACCUGCACAUCUAGUCGAGUUUGGAUGGGGACUGGCAAACAGCAAGCUGCCCUUCUUCUGGGUAAUUAGACCCGAUCUGGUAAUUGGCGAAUCAGCGAUUUUGCCACCUGAGUUUGUGGCUGAAACAAAAGAAAGAAGUUUAGUAGCAAGUUGGUGCCCACAAGAGCAAGUCCUUAACCAUCCAUCAGUUGGAGGAUUUUUAACGCACAGCGGUUGGAAUUCAACCGUUGAGAGCCUGACCUCCGGAGUGCCUAUGCUCUGUUGGCCAUUCUUUGCUGACCAGCAAAUGGACUGCCGCUAUACUUGCAAGGAAUGGGACGUUGGCAUGGAAAUCGGUAAUGAUGUGAAGAGGGAUGAAGUAGAGAAGCUUGUUAGAGAGUUAAUGGAUGGGGAAAAGGGUAAGAAGAUGAAAAAUAGGGCCAUGGAGUGGAAGAAACUUGCAGAAGAAGCUACCAGUCCAUAUGGCUCUUCAUCCAAAAACUUAGACAAUUUAGUGAAUCAAGUGCUACUAAGAAAAAGUUAAUCGCCAUGCAUCCGUAAGAUAUUUGCUAAUGAUUGUUAUUGUUGCUGUUAUUGUUUUGUUGUUGUUGGUCUUCAAACUAGGAAGAUGAAGUGCAAAAUGUAAUGGACCAUUAUCUCAAAUAAUAAAAUAAAACUAGUAUUGAAUGUUUACAACAAUUUGAAGAGAAAAUCAGAUGGGAAACAAAUAUUUUAGCAAUACAAAAGAGGAAAACAACAAAAA